AUGACGAAAGAAGUCAAGCCAGAAAGGCGUUUCACAAUCCCCAUAUGGGCUUUGUUGCUAAGUGAAACAAUCCUGGUCGCCGGGACAUUGUGUCUCAUUAUCGGACUUCUCUUCUCCAAUGCAACCACUACGUCUUUAAACACUUUUGGAACAAGUUUGAGAAAUGCCUUGAUUAACAAUACUAUGGGAAAUGUCACCGCGUCUUUGGUUCAAAUGGAGGAUGCCUUGUUCACAAUCACAGAGAAUCCGCUGAUGAUGACUUUUGCCAGUCUUGAUCCAGCUGUUGCUACCAGCGGUAUCUCAUCAGUCAAUGUCAGUGGCAACACAGCUGCAUUAUCGCUGCUGCCAUUAGCUGGUGCUGCAUGCAAGCAUCUUCCAGCUUGUGAAGGAGCAGGAUUUGGUCUUGGCGAUAACCUCAUGAUGGCUUACUCACAAACCGGCAAAGCAUGGACAGUACAAGAUGCAACGACUGGAGCCGGACCAACCCAAACGAAUGCAGUAUAUACCGACGCAGUUAAUCCUGCUACUUAUCAGGCUGUUUUGACUCCUGCUAAUUUCUUGUUGACAGUUGCAUUCACGUCCAACACUUCCGUAUCUAUUGGAUCCACCGGUUGGAAGCCCGCAACCGUACUGACCCCACAGUGGAGCGCUGAUGCCCGUUCCGUCGUGCCAAUAGCCGGAACUUCAAACUUUUUGCUUUACAUGUCAUACUUCCGUAUGUUCUAUCAAGGAUUGCCAAUCGACACUGGAAAUCCUGCCCAACACUUCACCGCAUGUGCAUGGAUUGCCUUUUCCAUCUCUGCUCUCGAAAAUGCACUAUCUGAGUUUGCUGUGACUCCGAAUGGCCUCAUUUAUAUCGUUACUACCUCUGGCCUAAUGGUCUCGUCAUCCGUGAAGAAUGUUUCACAAAUCAACUAUGGUCCUACUUCGUACAAUGCAGCGAAUUCUCCCAAUACUUACAUUAAAGAAUCCAAUCUAUACCUCAACUCACAAUAUGGCUCUUUGUCAAACAUUCCAGCUACGGGAUUGUCUCUCUCUUUCUCUUCAACAACCGGCGAAGCUCUUCUUUGUGAUGUACAGUGGUUGAAUCGAACCAACUUGAACUGGAUUGUCAUCACCGUCAUUCCUCGAAGUGAUAUUUGGGGCCUAGUUGAUGCCAAUUCUCGUAACAUUGUGAUCUCUACUACCAUUGUCGGUGUGCUUGGUGGCCUCAUCAGUGCUGCUAUGGCACUUGUCUUGACUCGACCUAUACGUCUUCUCCAAACUCAAAUGGUCAAGGCUCGUGAAUUCGAUUUCAGUGGAUUGAAAUCUGGAUACCUUGAUUCUCGAUCCAUCUUUACGGAAAUCAACUCGAUGCAAACAACCUUUGUGCAAAUGUUGCAAAAGUUUGCCAACGGAAUUAAGCAAAACAAGGAUCUCUAUACUGCUACAGUUCGCCAAUCUAUGAUUCGUAGCAGUGGUGGUGGUCAAGCGGAUGCAACCGGAGCUUCAGGUGGUGCCGGCCGAACCUCCCUUGACAUUGGUUCAAAAAUCUCCGAAGAAGAGUGA